GCGACAGAGAAAGGGACUCCGGCAAACGGACGGGAGCGCAGUGCGCCCUGCUCUAGGCGGCAACGCGGAACAUCCCCUCUCCCCCCCGGCCCCCCACCCCUCCAAAAGAUACCGCUCUGUUCAUUGCGUGAAGGAGACCCCGGGGUUCUCCGGCGGCCAGAUCGGGGCAACUGGACAUCGCAGCGUUAGCAGCCGCAGCAGCGGUAGCGGCGGCAGCCGUAGCAGCGGCGGCGGCGGCGGCGGCGGCAGCAGCAGCAGCACCAUGCUCAAUCUGGGGAGACUGUUUCAUCUUUUGACUUUGAUGAAGUUGCCCUGUUGUUUGCUGGAGGUGUUCAUCUCUGCAGUGGCUCACGGGCAGGAGAUGUAUGCUCCCCACUCCAUCAGACUUGAGGGGGACAUCACCCUGGGGGGGCUCUUCCCGGUCCACGCCAAGGGACCCACUGGAGUGCCUUGCGGGGACAUCAAAAAGGAGAACGGGAUCCACAGGCUGGAGGCGAUGUUGUAUGCACUGGAUCAGAUUAACAGCGAUCCGGACCUACUCCCUAACGUCACGCUAGGGGCUCGGAUCCUGGACACUUGUUCCAGGGACACCUAUGCGUUGGAGCAGUCCCUCACUUUUGUUCAGGCGCUGAUUCAGAAGGACACCUCCGAUGUGAGGUGCACCAAUGGAGAGCCGCCCGUUUUUGUAAAACCCGAGAAAGUAGUUGGAGUGAUUGGGGCAUCUGGAAGUUCAGUGUCCAUAAUGGUAGCCAACAUCUUAAGGCUCUUUCAGAUACCCCAGAUCAGUUAUGCAUCAACUGCCCCCGAGUUAAGUGACGACAGACGGUAUGAUUUCUUCUCGCGUGUGGUCCCACCAGAUUCUUUCCAAGCCCAGGCCAUGGUGGAUAUUGUGAAGGCACUGGGAUGGAAUUUUGUGUCCACUAUUGCAUCUGAAGGAAGCUAUGGCGAAAAAGGCGUAGAAUCUUUCAUGCAGAUUUCCAGAGAAGCAGGUGGCCUCUGCAUUGCACAGUCAUUGAAAAUCCCUCAGGAUCGGAAAGACAAGUCCAUUGAUUUUGACAGAAUUAUCAAACAGCUCCUGGAGACACCCAACUCGAGAGUCAUUGUGAUUUUUGCCAGCGAUGAGGAUAUAAAGCAGAUCCUUGCAGCAGCAAAAAGAGCUGAUCAAGUGGGUCAUUUUCUGUGGGUGGGAUCAGACAGUUGGGGCUCAAAAAUAAAUCUGUUAAAUCAGCAAGAAGACAUUGCUGAAGGAGCAAUCACCAUUGUGCCUAAGAGAGCGACGAUAGAAGGGUUUGAUACAUACUUUACAUCCCGGACCCUUGAGAAUAACAGAAGAAAUGUGUGGUUUGCAGAAUAUUGGGAGGAAAACUUCAAUUGCAAGUUGACGAUUAGUGGGUCAAAAAAAGAAGACACGGAUCGCAAAUGCACAGGACAGGAGAGAAUUGGAAAAGAUUCCUAUUAUGAGCAAGAGGGCAAAGUUCAAUUCGUGAUUGAUGCUGUUUAUGCCAUGGCUCAUGCCCUCCAUCAUAUGAACAGGGAUCUAUGUGCUGAUUACCCUGGUGUCUGCCCAGAGAUGGAGCAUGCGGGGGGCAAGAAGCUGUUGAAGUAUAUCCGUGGUGUAAAUUUUAAUGGCAGUGCUGGCACUCCAGUAAUGUUUAAUAAAAAUGGAGAUGCACCUGGACGUUAUGACAUCUUUCAGUACCAGACAACAAACACCAGUGCUCCUGGCUACCAUCUGAUUGGCCAAUGGACCGAUGACCUACAGCUCAAUAUAGAGGACAUGCAGUGGGCCAAAGGAGUACGGGAAAUCCCAUCGUCGGUCUGCAGCCUACCCUGUAAGCCUGGAGAAAGAAAGAAGACAGUGAAAGGGGUCCCCUGCUGUUGGUACUGUGAACUCUGUGAUGGCUAUCAGUUCCAAGCAGAUGAAAUGAGCUGUCAGCACUGCCCCUACGAUAUGAGGCCAAAUGAGAAUCACACGGGAUGCCAAGCCAUUCCCAUUGUGAAAUUGGAGUGGCAUUCCCCUUGGGCUGUCAUUCCUGUCUUCUUGGCUAUGCUUGGAAUUAUUGCCACCAUCUUUGUCAUGGCCACCUUUAUCCGUUACAAUGACACUCCCAUUGUCCGUGCGUCAGGAAGGGAACUCAGCUAUGUGUUACUGACAGGAAUAUUUCUUUGCUAUAUCAUUACUUUCCUGAUGAUAGCCAAACCCGAUGUGGCCGUCUGCUCCUUUCGACGCAUCUUCCUAGGCUUAGGGAUGUGCAUAAGCUACGCUGCGCUCUUGACCAAAACAAACCGCAUUUACCGCAUCUUUGAGCAGGGCAAGAAAUCAGUGACCGCUCCCAGGCUCAUUAGUCCCACAUCACAGCUAGCUAUCACUUCAAGUUUAAUUUCUGUUCAGCUUCUAGGUGUUUUCAUUUGGUUUGGAGUUGACCCACCUAACAUAAUUAUAGAUUACGAUGAGCAGAAGACAAUGAACCCCGACCAAGCCAGAGGAGUUCUCAAAUGUGACAUUACAGAUCUCCAAAUCAUUUGUUCCUUGGGAUACAGCAUUCUUCUGAUGGUUACAUGUACUGUGUAUGCCAUCAAGACUCGGGGUGUUCCAGAGAAUUUUAAUGAAGCCAAACCCAUCGGAUUCACCAUGUAUACGACCUGCAUAGUGUGGCUUGCUUUUAUCCCAAUAUUUUUUGGCACCGCUCAGUCAGCUGAAAAGCUCUACAUACAAACUACCACACUUACAAUAUCCAUGAACUUAAGUGCUUCAGUGGCGCUGGGGAUGCUAUACAUGCCGAAAGUGUACAUCAUCAUUUUCCACCCUGAGCUGAAUGUCCAGAAAAGGAAGCGCAGCUUCAAGGCAGUUGUCACGGCAGCCACCAUGUCAUCACGGCUUUCACACAAACCUAGUGACAGGCCCAACGGUGAAGCAAAAACAGAGCUCUGUGAAAAUGUAGACCCAAACAACUGCAUUCCACCAGUAAGAAAGAGUGUACAAAAAUCUGUUACUUGGUACACUAUUCCACCUACAGUAUAGCUUUUUCCUGAUGUCCAAAAGGCCCUGCUGCAAAAAAGAAGUACGUCAGUUAUAACAACCUAGUCAUCUAAUCCGUUCCAUCCAACGGAAAUAUGAGGGAGGAAGACCUUCAAUUAUUCAGUCAUCCAACCUGGCAGAGGACUCUUCCCGUCGUGCAGCAUCCCAUCACUGGAGGAGUUUAAUGGCUGGGCAGUUACUGGAGACCAAUGUUAGAGGAUCUAAGUGUCCUAAACAGCUGCUUUUGAAAUAUCCUUAAUUAAUCUUGGCUUAUUAAGUCACUGGCAUCAACACUGCCACUCGGCUGUGACUUCAGACCGUCUCAAUGAAUGGGUACCUAGCUCCUUAUAAUGAACAGCAUUUAGUGAUGGUGACUUUACAGGGGCUGAUUUGUCAUUCUAUGUACUUCCAGACUGCAAGGUUUUAAAGACUUUCUGUACAGUUUGUGAGGAUUUUUGCGUAUUGCCAUCCAAUGUUGUUUCAAAGGUCACUGUUUGUUUCAAAUGCCCAGUUCUGUAGGAGCCCUAUUCUCUCAGACAUUUGAAAAAAUCUUGGUGGACUAAAACAAAUCUGUAUAUUACUGUAUAACUAUUAUUAUCGUAUCACAACAAACCAUAUAUGUUAUUUUUUUUUUAAGAAAAAGAGAUUUAAAGACCAAAAACUGUGCUGCGAAGUAUGCCCCACCUAUCCUAAGCACGAUAGGCCACAGCAACGAAGAAAGGGUUUGGCUGAAUUGAAUAGAGGUCUUGAUAUUUGGAAUGCAUGCCAGUAAUGUAUUUUACAGUACAUGUUAAGAAUUUACGUUUGAUAUUUGUAUUUGUGUUAUAUUUUGUUAUUUUCGUUAGGUAUAUGAAUAUUUUGCAAUAAUUUUACUACUUACUAAGAUAUUUGGAAGAAAGAAUAUGGCUUUUACAUGUCUUGAGGUUUUGUUGAUGCCCCACUAUGACUGACCAGUGUGAUAAGGACUUAAAAAAAAGCAUGUAUGUUUUUUACUGUUUGUAAUAAGUAAUUUCGUUAAUCUUGCUGCUUAUGUGCCAAUUUAGUGAAUCAAUCCUUGCCGCAAAGCUCCCCCUUUCCAUUCUCUUUCGAUCCUGUGAUAUUGUCCAAGAAUGUAUCAAUAAAAGACUUUGGUUAACUUUUUUAUUCA